GCUGUAGUAGGGGGCAGAAAGAAGAUGGCGUCCAAGAUCCGCGUCGUGCUGCGGCCGGUGAAGAGUAUCGUGGUCCGCUUCUGCCCCUUCGAGUCCAACGUGGCGAGCACGAGAAAAUUUCUUGGAUGUAUCCACCAUAAAAAAAUCCAAGCCACUAAUAGAAACUGUGAAGUGACUGCUGAUGUGAGACAUGAUGGGUCUGAACCACUUGUAGAUGUUAUGUUUGCUGAUGGAGAGCGAUUGUUAAUGAAGGGAGCCAACUUGACAACAAUAGAAAUGUUAACAGCAUUGGGGUCCAGAUGUAAUGCGAAAGAGCUUAAGGAAGAACAGAAAAGCAAGAAGAAGACUCCCUGAAGAACAGAAAAACAACUGUAUUUGCAUUUACGUGUGUUAAAAACAGCAGCCUGCACAGAAGGCUUUUCUCCUAUGCACAAAAUCUGAAAGAGAGAGAUGGCCAAAACACUGACCAGUUUAACAUGCAGCAGAACGAACUGUUUAAAUGUUCCCUCUCUUCACCUGAAGGAAAACAUAGUGGAUCAACAAAUCUUCUGACACUAGUGGGUCAGGGUGGCUUAAAAUGCAUAAAUGCAUCUUUCUAAGCAGCUGCCUCUCAGUUGUCUGCAUGUUGGACUAAUACCACAUGUAUUUGCAUAUAAAUAUGAGUAAUGCACAUUAGCUAUUAAAUUAAUACUACAGUGACAACAGAUCUCUGGACAUAGAAUGGAAAAUGCUAUUAGAGUGUUUAUUACUUUUGAAAAUUAUUAAAUACAAAAAAUUGAAGAAAACUUUGAAAGUAUUCAUCAUUGACUUAGCUGAGGGACAGCAAGCUGCAAAUACAGAGCGGAUUUUGUAAUACUAUGUUUAUAACACAUCCGUUGCUAAGUCCCUGCCAUUUUCUUCCUCUGUUUUUCAAGAAAGAAUGAAAUUUUCUAAAUGUAAAUUUAGCUCAGCAAUUAAAGUAACAAGAUAAUGGGACUGUGAACACUCAGUAGAACUACUCAUCCUGCAUAAAAGUACCUAGUUUAGCUCAAAGGGAAAGGUAAGUUGGGGUUUUUUGAUAAUUGGAGAAAAGGGCUAUCUUUGAAGUUCAGUUUUAUAGUAUUUUUGUCACUUUGGGGAGAUUUCAUUAAAUAUUUUACAAAGAUCAAAGGGAGAGCUUUAAUUGGUGUUUAUACCCUCAUGUCCAACCCUAUUAUUUUUAAAGUGAGAGCUUAGGUGUUUCAUCUGUAUUGCAACACUCUGUGGGUUUGGGAGGGUUGAUCUCUCCUCAGGCUGUGCAGGUGAAGGUGUCAACUGCACGUGUAUUUCAUGUGCUGCAUCAGUUUUGUUCUAGUUCAAUUCAUAAUGAAAAUGUAAAUAAAGUUCUGGUUUUGGGAAUUGCAGGUGCAGUACUAUUGAGAAGCAUUAGUUCUACCUGUUGUUAAUCAGAUGCUUGACUUCUGUAAAACUGUAGUACGUAUAUUUCCAAAGUUAAUUUGGCAGCGGAUUUAGGGCACAAAUCUGAAGUUUUACCUUACUUUUGCUGAGAUUUGUAAAUGGAUGCUGUCCUUUCUGAAAGCAACUUUGUUUUAAACAGCACUGUCAAGGUAGUUCUUUGCAACUUCUUCAUCAGGAUGCUGAAGUCAAGGUGGUGUCUUAUGUUGGAGAAGCAGAGCUGUGCUAAAGACGUUUGAUGAUAUUUUGUGGUGGCCUCCUCUGUGUGUUUGCAACAAAUAGAAGAGAGUGAGAUAAGAUGAUUGGAGCAGAUGGGUCAAUGAAAUUUAGACGUGGGAACAAUAGAUAUUAAUGACUUAGUCGGGGAUGAAUACCUUCUCUGCAGUCUGUUACCCUUUUAUUAGGCCACCAACUCUUCUCAGUGGUUUCAGAGCUGAGCUUCUGAACCUGCUACUGAGCUCCCUUCUAAUGGAGGAGUUACAAGAACAUCUGAAACAGAGCAUUUUAAGUCCUGUCAAGCUAGAAGGGUAUCCUAGAAAGUGGACCAAAUAGAAGUAAGACUGUUCAAAGUACAGUUUUGGUUUGGUUUGGUUUUUUUUUUCUUUUCCCCCCCAGUUUAGAAGAACACUGUAUAGGAUGACUUUACCUGAUGCAGCCUUACAGGGAAAAUGAGAAUUUUUCAAGUGGAAAAACACUGCAGAAUUAUUCAUUCCCUGAUUAAUCAUAGAAU